CCUGGAAAUAAGAAAUCUGUCUUCCCUUCUUAAUAGAAAAGGAAGAAGCUUUCCUUGGACCAUUCAGAAACCUGAAAAAAUCUAAACCAUUUCACUCAACGAUCUUCGUUUCCGUUUCAGCUAUCAAAACCAAAACCCUAAUCACGAUGAAAAACCAUGAAUGAUCAAUUGGCCAGAGCGGAGGAUUUCGAGAAGAAAGCUGAGAAGAAGCUCAACGGCUGGGGCUUGUUUAUCUCCAAAUAUGAAGACGCCGCCGGACUCUUCGAUAAGGCUGCCAACUCCUUCAAGCUCGCCAAAGCCUGUUCGUAUCAGUCCCUUUCACUUUUUGAGUCUUCGGUUCUUUGUUUGUCUCUAUGAAAACUUCGGCGUAAGAAACGUAGUGUAGAUAUGUGAGAAUUUGAGAUCUAAUGAUUCUUGCGGUUGGAUUACGCCAUUUUGGAACUCGAUACUAUUAUCUCUUUACUUUCCGAGUGAAUGUGCGAUUGAAGUUUUCUUAAUUAUUAUUAUUAUUAUUAUUAUUUUUGCUAAGGAUUGUUUGUUUUUCUGAUUUUCCUGCGAUUUCAAUUAUGUUUCUGCUAGGAUCAUGUUAUCCAUUGAUUGGUUAACAGUGCAAUCGCGAUGUGAUUACAUUGAUUGGAAUGAUAUCUGUAGUUGCCUGAGACAAAUGUAUCACAUUAGGAGGAAUACACUUGGGAUUACAUUGAUUUCGGUAGUGAUUACUAUUAUUAUCUGUUUAUUUAAUUGUUGUGGAGUUAAAUUGCAUUUUCAUCUAAUAAUUAUGUGUUUUUUAU